AUGGCCAACUUGAAGCCACUUAUCAACAUCAUGUCCGCACCAGCAAUACCAAACUUGAAUACCCUACGACGAGGGGGUUUACGUGGGAGGGGAAGAGGGCGGGGUGCUGCAAGUGUUGGUGGUGUGCACACAACAACUCCAAAGACGAUCCAGCAAGACGCCAUUGUGCAAAACACCGACAAUGAUGCGGCUACCUCCCGGCUAAGUGCCGUUGAUGCGGGAUACCUCGAAGAUCCGUAUGCGCGCCUACUGACUUCUGGGGACGACGUCGCGAGACGAUUGCCCUUAAUGAACCGAGGGACAUAUGUGCGGACUACGGGCAUAGACAGGGUUGUCCAAACAUUCUUGUCAGCAGGUGGAACGGGUCGCAAACAGAUUAUCUCGUUGGGCGCAGGAAGCGACACAAGAUUCUUUCGACUGAAGCAAAAGCGCCGAAAUCUAGAUGUUGUCUACCAUGAGAUCGACUUCGAAGCCAACACGAGAAGGAAGAUCAGUCGGCUACGAAGCCCACUCUUCUCGGCCGCGGCAAAGGACCUUGCAGGCAUAGACGUACAUGCACAAGAUGUCGAGAUAUCCGCGGAUGGUGCGACCCUGAGUUCGCCCGAAUACACCAUACACCCACAAGAUCUCCGUCGACUCCCGCAGCACGAUACCGGCCUGCCAGGAAUCGACAAGAGCUUACCGACUCUGAUCAUCUCCGAAUGCUGUCUUGUCUACCUGCCUCCGGACGACGCCGAUGCCGUACUUCAGUACUUCUCGAAGGUGUUCCCCUCAACCACGCCUCUGGCCAUUGUGAUAUACGAGCCCAUUCGACCACACGAUUCGUUUGGCAAGACCAUGGUCCGCAACCUCACGAGCAGGGGCAUACAGUUACAGACUCUAGAAAAGUAUGCUGGGCUAGAAGAGCAAAGAAAGAGGCUGGAAGCGCAUGGGUUCAAGGCGGAUGGUGAUGGAAGCCGCGGAGAGUCAGAAGCUGCAGAUAUUGAAUUCAUCUGGCGGCAAUGGGUAGCACCGGAUGAGAAAGAGAGGAUCGAUGGCUUGGAAUGGAUGGACGAAGUCGAGGAGUUUGUACUGCUGGCUCAACACUACUGCAUAUCUUGGGGAUGGCGAGGAUUUACAGACGGUGUAGCAUGGGAUAGUCUUCUCAGUCCGUCUAGAAGCAGUGAUGGCUGACUCAUUUGAAUGAAAGAGUGUCCUCAGUGCCUUCUCUAGCUUAUGCUUCUUCAACGACCAAGAAUCAAGACGACGAGCCUCUUUAAAAAUAAAGUGGCACACCAAAAUGUUUGGUAAUAAUACGUAGGCCCGAACGAACAACUUUAUG